AUGUCAAAACGCUUUGGUUCCUCGGUUCCUGUGACGGCUGAAAAGUCCAGCUCGAAGAGGAGAAUGGACUCUAUGAUAUCUGGAUCGGAUAGUUUUUCAGAUCCUUACGAUGUAUCUGAGCUCGGAGUCCUGGCUCCAGCUCCUUUAACCUACGUCUCGCCGUCUUCCUUGGAAGUGGGUCCAUUGUUGUCUAUGAAGGAGGAUGAUUUAAUCCAGUGGCGAAAGGAUUAUCUGCUUCCUUCCUCCGUCUUCCUUCGUGUCCCUGGUUCAUCCGAGCGUCUUUCUAUUUGCAGACCAGGGGAGGUUGCGGUUUAUGAAGCUUUCUUUGAAUCUGGUUUCCGAGGGACUAUUCCGUCGUUGAUUGUGGAUCUCUGCGACUUCUUUCGGAUCUCUCUUUCCCAGCUGAAUCCUGCGGCUUGGCGCAUCCUUACUGCCAUUCAAAAUUUGAGCGACGUGAAAUGUCUUCCUUUGGAUGUCGAUGAGGUGCUAUUUGCUUCUCAUUUUGCUCUGCUCAAUGGAGGGGAGGGUCGCUUUCACCUUCGGCCUCGAAGUGGCCUUCCCAUUGUUGAAGAACUUCCAAAAAGUGAUCGUAAUGGUUUGUCUUUCGCGAAGAGAUGGCCAAAAAGAUACGUGUUCAUGACCCUUCCCGGUUCCACUACUGUGGAACCUCGUUGGCUUCGGGGUGAGUUCCUUUCUUUGAUGUUGACCAUAUCUCUUCACUUUCUCGAUUUAACCGGUGAUUUUUUACGCAGAUGGCAUUGUAGAAGAGGACCCAUGGAGGCCUUCAAUAGGGAAAAUGAGGCUAUUUCAGCAAGGAAGGGUGUCGCUACCUCAGUUGCCUCGGGGAACGAUGUUAUGAUAACGGGGAGUAGCCGCAAGAUGGUGAUUAAGAGUGAGGCUGUUUCUUCUUCUCAGGUGAGAAGGCCGAGGGGUAGGAUGGGCACUCGGUUGUAUCCACGAUCUUUUGAUACCGAACAUGUGGUUGGAGGUUCGUAUGAAGUUCUCAAGGACUUAAAAGCUAGGUUGUUCCCGCAGGAGAGUGCCCUUCUCCUGGAUGGGGAUCCUGCGGAGGUGAUCUUAAUGCUUCAGGAGAAACUUCUGCAGGUUGCUUCUUUAUUGCAUCAUUUGGAGGCUCGGUCGCAGGAGGGGGAUGUGUCCUCACUCAAGGAGGAAGCGAAGGAGUUAGCCCGACAAUUGUCUGAGGAGAAGAGCAGGAGAAUCGCUCAGGGGAUGGAGUUAUGUGAUCUUCAGGCCAGAAUUAAGGCGAUGGAAGGAACGGUGGAAAGUUCUUCGUCGGAGGCCCUGGAGCUAAGCUGUAGGAAUCAAGAACUAGAAGAGGUUAUUGAGAAGCAGGAAACCGAGACGAAGGCUUCGCAGGACAUGAGG